CAUCGUCUCGCUGUCCACUCGACGUGCGUCGGCCACCCGGCCGCGCGCUGUCCUUCUGUCGUGCUCUUGUGACGUUGCCGCCGCCGCCACGGUCACCUAUGCUUUGUUACACCGAAUUUCGCAACACGUGCCCGCGCCACCCGCGUUCCCAGCGCGUCGCGCACCCCCUUUCGCCACCUCCACCUCACCUCGUGCAACCGCCCGAAGCAUGCGCGCGUUCUGACGCCCUUCCCCGCAUCCACCGCACUCGUCGUUGCUCGAUGCGGGCCUCCGACGCCACGACACGUGGCCCCGCCGUUCGUGCUCCCAACGCGUCGCGCGCGGCCCCCGCCACCCUGCGCUUGAUGUGGUCUAUGCCACGUCACCAAGGCGACCGCCAACGCAGGACGCCUGUCGGCCACGUCGCUAUUGACGUCCUCCCCCUCCUCAUCCCCACCCCCCACUACACCUGCCGCGCGUCUUGUGCGCGCAGGUGCUCUAUGCACGCCCGCCUCGGCCGCCGCGUCCGCGAGGGGCCGAUCACGGGCUGACGUGGCAUGUCUACGUCGACGUGUGUAUCGGUCUCGUGUCCGCAGUCGGCCGCGCGUAGUUCGGUACGCACGGGCUGCUUGGCUUGCAUGCACCCGCUGACCAGCCAUACAGUGUGUUCCUGCGGUUUGCAGGCGUGCGAUGAACCGGGCGAGGGGGACGUCGCGUGGGUGGCGG